UCAUAGUCCAUGCAUAUUUGGUCUUAAAACAAAAACCCGUUUUUUUUCUAACAGGGUUCUCAUCUGAUGAAGGAGAUUCUGCUAAAUCAAUUGGAUUUGGAGAACUAAUCAUUGAAUCUGUUGCCCAACCUUCUGAAUCUCAAGAUUUCUGUGUUUUUACAUCUAAAGAAGCAAAAUCAGACCCUACUGCUCAGCUAGCUUCUUGUUAUCAAGUUCCUCCUGUUGAAAAAGACAAUGAUGAUUCUCUCGAAUUAAUUCCUCAAUUUUUCUUUGCUGAAGUAGACGAUGACGAUUCUAUCCAUUUUGAAUUGCUCAUCCCUUUGUUUUUCUUCGCUGAAGAGGAAGAAUUGUCUGAUGUGGUGCAUUUUCAAGCUAAUGAAGUUACGAGUAAUAAGGGUAGUUGUGAGAAACUCCAAAGCUUGAAGGAGUUCGUCAGUGGUCAUAACAAAGUACUUGGUAAGAAUCGUUUUGUAAUUCUUUCUGAUUAUUCUGGUAGCAUAUUUGAUCGGGGUAAGUAUGCAGCUGUACCACCUAAUGUUUUGGAAGAUUGAUACUUCCAUUGAUUCCUAGCCUUGAGUUUAAAUCAGAUUUGAGGUUUACAGAUUCAAUAAUUCCCUUGCUUUGUAAUGAUGCUGAAAUUCAUGUUAAUGGGAAGCUGGUUGUUAAAAUGCUUUUAAUGGGUAUUGUGUGUUUUGAGCUCAAAUUUUUUUUCCACCACACAAUGCCUACUAGGAUAUCUUCCCAUUGUUGUUUCAAAUCUGAUGAUAAACUAUUUGAUCCUGGUAAAGCAUUUCGACUUGUGAAUAGGUUAUUUUCCUUUGUUGGUGAUUUUGAAAACUAUUUUGGUACAAUUACUUCUUGUGUGAUUGUUAGUACUAAGUUCACAUUCAAGGAUGCUUACUGUGACAAAUUCGCUUCUGAGCUAAUUGAGGAGCUUGGGUACAGUUUCAUUUUCCUAUAUGCAUGUUCAAAUGUGUCCUUGUUUGUUAACGAAGGGGAUAGUCGUGAAAGUAGCCAGUUGUUUGAACAAAGGCCUCAACAACGCCAUAUCCCCUGGAUAUUUGUGAUUCUUCAGGUGCCAAGACAACCUGACUAUGGCAAUGAACAAAAACUGUUUCAUCAGUUGCUUGUUGGUUUUAUAUUAUGUGUUGCUAGGGUAUUCACUUAUGGCUUUUUAAUUCUUCAUAUGUGUUCAAGUUCAUUGGUGUUCUACACUGAAAAAUUUGUUCACGAGCUUCUUAGUGAGCAUGGAUUUGACUCAGAUUCUUGGUUUUAUGCUUCAAUUCUCUGGGUGUGGGUUAAAAUGGGUGAUUUUGGUGCUAACAGUAAGAUGCUUGCUGAAUUGUCGGCGAGCAAUAAAUUUUUCUUUCUCUUCUUAGCUAGAGUGGUGAGCUCUUUAAUAAGGCACGCAAAUGGUAUGCUCAAGUGCUUGAUAUGCAAGGAGAAGAAAUUUUUUUAUUACAGCUCAAAUGUGAGUUGCUUGAGAUCAUUGAUAGAAAAAAUGGUUAUGUGCGCCAGAUUCUUUUGACAAAGUUUCGAAAAUUUUCAUUGCUUGUAUUCUCAGUUCAUGCAAAUGUUAGCAUUCAUUUAUAUCUUGCAAGGAUUGAUACUUGUUAGCACUCUCUAUUACUUAUAUCUGAAAAUUUUUGGAGGUUUCUGACUCAAGAGGGAGUUAUACUGCCAGUUGCGCAUUUCAGUUGGAGUUCUCCGCACAGUGAGCUCAGCAUUUUGGAAAGGGGGUUAUCUGUGCAUUAUUUAUUACCUGCAACUCAUAUUUAUAGUAGUUGUCUGAUGGCAAUGGGUAUUCUAAUGGGAGCUAAGAUCUUAUUCAGGGCAUUUCAGAUUCUUAAUAUGUUCAUACUAGAGUUUUGUGAAAGAGUGGUGGACACUCAGGCCUCACUUAAAGUGUUUGAUCGUGGAAAGAGGUGUAGUAGGUCCAGGGUAAUGGUCAAUUACAGAAAAAAUAUUGUUUUUGCCCUUGUUUUCAAACUUGGAUACUCAUUGAAGUUGUUAUGGAAGGGCUCCAUUAGCUUUAUGUUAGUUAAAAGGGUUGAGACCAGUGAUGUUUGCAAGUUACAGUUGGGUACAAUUCUAUGGUGUAGGUUUCUAUUUCAGGUGACAAGUUUUCAUGCAGCUAGUACUGCGAGGGAAUUGUUCGAUCAACUACAUCAUCAUAGUAGUGGAUACCGUUUCUGUGAUCUGCUCUUACAGCCGGGAGGUGGUUUACAAACAUCUUUGCAGAUUUGUGUUGCUAUAAUGCAACAUAAUGCUGAGUCACAGAUCAUUUCCAAGCGACUUACAUCAGAACCUAGAUCUACAGUCUGUGGUAGUAAUGAAUGUUGUUCUGGCUGGAAAAAGUCUCUUGUAGAGGGGGUGAAAAUCCCAGAUGUGGUGCGUCCUCGUUCCAAGGUUUUUGAGCAGCUUAUGGGGCCAGCUAAUCUCCAGCAACACCUUAAGUGGCAGUUUCAUGUGGUACCACUUCCGAGCUACACUCAGCAACAAUUACAGAAAGCGGUCUAGAAAUUUUACAAGUACAUUUAUUGACAACUUCCAAGAUGUUGAAGGCUGCAUAUACAACGUAUUGUUUUGCAGUAACCGCAGUCUGGGGUAUGGCAGUUCACUUCUACAACGAAAAAGACAGUGGUGUAGAAGGCAUGCUGAGCAGAAGCUAUGUCCGGAUUUUCAGAAUCCGUUUCUUUUCGCACGAUCCGUAUCAUGCACCUGGGGUCUAUGCAACUCUUGCUUUUCUAAAGGUAGUUCAGAUAAUUCUAACUCUGUUGCUGUGGGUAGGGUACUUAAGGUGGAAAUUUAGAUUCUUUUCACCCGGUUGGUGGCGGGUAACAAAUGUUUUCUCUUAGUGGGGGGCCUUGCCGAAAACUGGAAUUCUAGGAGCUAUUUGUUUUACCAAGCUACAGUCCCCAGUCUAAUUGCAGUUACUCUUAUGAGGAGCAGCCUAUCCUCGACAAGUUUAUUGAAUGUCAGAAAGGGGAAUGCUGCCAUAAUUAGUAUUUUUUCAUCCUGUCAUGCUCAAACGAUAUCUUUGUGCUUUUGUUGGCUAUUGUGGCGGGUAGCUUCACUAAUUCACGGUUGCAUCCAGUUGGAGUUUUCUUGGGAGUUAGUGGUAGUUCAAUUGGUCAUUCAAAACUUCUCCUUAUUCAUGUUGCUGGUCUCAUUGCAUCGGGAGAUUAAUGGGCUUCUUAUCGGCGUCUGGAGUGCAAGUACUGUAAAAAUUGAUAACUGUGGACUUCACAUUAGCUGUCCUCGUGGGUUUACCAAGCAGAUUCUUGAGAAGUUGAAGUAUAAAUACAGAAAUGUCAACAAGCUCAAGCAACUUGCACCAACUUGUGAUGAUCAGCUCCAUAGUGUACUCGUGUGCAAUCAAAGACAACGUGAGACCAACUUUCUCAUCCUUGAGGACAAGGAUGUCUUAAGGGGGUGGUUUGUCAUGUGCCUUCUAGCUUUAGGGUGCCCCCAUAACUUCCUAGUCUGCCUAAAUAACUAUUUCAUGAUUGGUUGUUAUCAAUUGUCGGCAUCCACUGUGAGUAGGACAGGUGUGCGGUCAGUAUUGGUCAUUAGCUUAGGAUUCUAUUCUCUUCCUUUGUUCGCCAUAAAAGUUGUAAGAACAUCCCAUUUGGGGGUAAGUUAUGAAUUAAUGAAAUUGUAGUCGGCUGCUUCAGAGAUGUAGAAGGAAGGUUCGACUUUUCCGUGGGACUUUGCAGUUACGACGAUCAUGCUAGCUUAUAAUCAACCUCUGCUCCUCUGUGAUACUUCGCCUACGGAUUUUUUUGUCGAUCAUGAUACUUUUGCCAGUUGUUCUGGAGUCAUAAUUUCUCUCAUAAUAUUAAAGGGACUCUGUUUAAUUUCCA